CAAUAUAACUCAUAAAUGUUAUCUGUGUUUCCUAAAACAGAUGUAUGCCAUAUAGAUUGUUCUUUUGAUGUGAACUUGUGUAACUGGAAACAAUCAACGAGUGAUAACAUGGACUGGAUACACUGGAAUGGCUCAACCCCUUCCGAUUUUACUGGACCAUCAUUUGACCACACAACAGGAUAUGGCUACUAUCUAUACAUUAAUGGACAGGAUUCAGAAGAGGGAGACUUUGCAAGAUUGGAGAGUCCUGCAAAUUGUUUCACUGGAACUCAUUGCUUACAGUUUUGGUAUCACAUGUAUGGAGCAGCAAAAUACAUGAUGCUGAGGGUGUCAGUACUAAGAGAUUAUGGUUUGGAAGAUGUCUUCACUAUAGAAGGAGAUCAUGGGGACAUGUGGUAUUUAGAGAAGAUUUUCCUGCCUGAAAGUGAUAUUAUCCAGAUUUUCAUUGAUGGUGUCAGAGGUGAAGAUUUCCGCAGUGAUGUUGCUAUAGAUGAUAUUUCUUUUUACCCAGGAUAUUGUACUGCAGCAACAACUACCACCACCACCACUGUAACUACAAAACCGACAGGUUCUACUGUGUCAUCAACUAAAACCACAUCAUCACCAGAUGUAUGCCAUAUAGAUUGUUCUUUUGAUGUGAACUUGUGUAACUGGAAACAAUCAAUGAGUGAUAACAUGGACUGGAUACACUGGAAUGGCUCAACCCCUUCCGAUUUUACUGGACCAUCAUUUGACCACACAACAGGAUAUGGCUACUAUCUAUACAUUAAUGGACAGGGUUCAGAAGAGGGAGACUUUGCAAGAUUGGAGAGUCCUGCAAAUUGUUUCACUGGAACUCAUUGCUUACAGUUUUGGUAUCACAUGUAUGGAGCAGCAAAAUACAUGAUGCUGAGGGUGUCAGUACUAAGAGAUUAUGGUUUGGAAGAUGUCUUCACUAUAGAAGGAGAUCAUGGGGACAUGUGGUAUUUAGAGAAGAUUUUCCUACCUGAAAGUGAUAUUAUCCAGAUUUUCAUUGAUGGUGUCAGAGGUGAAGAUUUCCGCAGUGAUGUUGCUAUAGAUGAUAUUUCUUUUUACCCAGGAUAUUGUACUGCAGCAACAACUACCACCACCACCACUGUAACUACAAAACCGGCAGGUUCUACUGUGUCAUCAACUAAAACCACAUCAUCACCAGAUGUAUGCCAUAUAGAUUGUUCUUUUGAUGUGAACUUGUGUAACUGGAAACAAUCAAUGAGUGAUAACAUGGACUGGAUACACUGGAAUGGCUCAUCCCCUUCCGAUUUUACUGGACCAUCAUUUGACCACACAACAGGAUAUGGCUACUAUCUAUACAUUAAUGGACAGGAUUCAGAAGAGGGAGACUUUGCAAGAUUGGAGAGUCCUGCAAAUUGUUUCACUGGAACUCAUUGCUUACAGUUUUGGUAUCACAUGUAUGGAGCAGCAAAAUACAUGAUGCUGAGGGUGUCAGUACUAAGAGAUUAUGGUUUGGAAGAUGUCUUCACUAUAGAAGGAGAUCAUGGGGACAUGUGGUAUUUAGAGAAGAUUUUCCUACCUGAAAGUGAUAUUAUCCAGAUUUUCAUUGAUGGUGUCAGAGGUGAAGAUUUCCGCAGUGAUGUUGCUAUAGAUGAUAUUUCUUUUUACCCAGGAUAUUGUACUGCAGCAACAACUACCACCACCACCACUGUAACUACAAAACCGACAGGUUCUACUGUGUCAUCAACUAAAACCACAUCAUCACCAGGUAAAUAUAUUGCUCAUUUUAAAGAGUUGAGUAUUAUUUAUAAUAAAUCUAUUUAUUUUGUUAUUAUACAUUGUAAGACCUUGAUAAUAAAUUGGAAGUCAUGCAUACUUACAUGACAGUUUGACAUAAAUAAAAGUCAUGCAAAUCUGACUUACACUUAAAAUGUAUAAUUUUA